AUUGACACGAUUGUUUGACGUUCGGUGAGGGCGGGAGGUCAUGUAUAACACAAACUCACUUCAUUGACAACUUCCUUCACAACAGCGCUGCUCGGCGAAACUAAAUAAAUAUGAAUGACCUGACUUCUGCAGAGUCCAUAUCACCGUAAAUGCUGCACGGCCAAUGCAGAAUUCGGAAUGACCACGCAAGACCUCGCGUAGUAGUAACUUCCCAAGAAGCAACUUCCGUAUUGCAAAGCAUUUUGGUACUCGUGUACACUUCCAAAUCAUUCUUCCACAUAACUAGCUAGUUUGUAGUUUUAGACCCACGAGCAGUUAUUUUGUGUCGUUUCCUCAAAUUAUAUCGAUAGUGUUCCACCGGUUUAUGAACAAGGCUGAAAUUAAACAAACAUCGGUAUGGCGGAGGGUGCCAGCGGUAACGCGGUGAAUCUUCCUCCCGGAGAUCCUCAGCUAAUCGGUCUCAUCGUGGAACAUCUCAAGAACCGAGGCUUGUUCGACGAGUUCCGCAGAGAUUGCCUGGCAGAUGUGGAUACAAAGCCUGCCUACCAGAAUCUGCGACAAAAAGUUGACAACUUUGUAUCCACUCAUUUGAGCACUCAAGAAUGGAACCCAUCAAUCAACAAAAAUCAAGUGCGAAAUGGGCUAAGACAAAGCGUCGUGCAGUCAGGCAUGCUGGAGUCUGGCGUGGACAGAAUCAUCACCCAGGUGGUGGAUCCCAAAUUGAACCACACUUUCAGGCCCCACAUUGAGGAUGCCAUUCAUGACUUCCUGUCUGCUGAGAAGGAGGAGGGUCCAUCCAACACUCAAUCAGAGACUGAGCAACAAGAGGCUCCAAGCCACACUGGACCCAAAACGCCAUUGCAAAUGGAGAUGCUACUUACAUUUUCUUUAGCGCUCUUUUUAAUAGCGUUUCAGCAAUUAUUGGCGACAGAUCCAAACGAAUUUCACGAAAUCCCUCAAGACAAACAUUUGAACCAGCCGAAAAGACGACUAUCACUGCAAAACACAGCGGAGAUCCAGCACUGUCUGGUGAAUGCUGGGGAUGUGGGCUGUGGCAUGUUCGAAUGCUUCAACAACAACUCAUGUGAAAUCCAAGGCCUACAUGACAUCUGUAUGACAUUUCUGCACAAUGCCGGCAAGUUUGACUCCCAGGGGAAGUCCUUCAUCAAGGAUGCCCUGAAGUGCAUGGCCCACGGCCUGAGGCACCGGUUCAGCUGUGUGAGCAGGAAGUGCCUGGCGGUGAACGAGAUGGUGUUCCAGCUGCAGAGAGAGUGUUACGUCAAACACAACCUUUGUUCUGCUGUCAGGGAGAACGUCAACGUCAUGGUGGAGAUGAUCCACUUCCAGGACCUCUUCCCCAAAGGGCCUCAUGUGGAGCUGGUGAACAUCCUGCUGGGCUGUGGCGAGGAGGUGAGGACGGCUAUAGCACGGAGAGUGAGGAUGCAGUGUGAGCUGAACUGGGGGGCCCUGUGUGGCAGCCUGAGCCUGUGCUCCCUGGGCCGCUCAGAUGACCCCCAACACAUCACCGUCCCUUCUGCCUCUCUGCAGGGCAGGAGCACACUGCCCCCUGCUGGCCAGCUCUCCCUCCCCAACACCGAACAGGACCAACCAAGAACAGACCAGCUAGGUGACGAGGGAAGCCUUCACCCCUCUGAGAGUCUCAGUCAGAAUCCCCUGGAUGACGCCACAGACCCUGGGCUCGCUGUGCCUGGUCAAGCACCCAGUACCGCCGUCCAGGGGUGAAACAGAGUGCAAGGUCCCUAGCCUGAACAUGCAACAGAUAAGCCCCUAGCCUCUGACUCAUGUUUCCCCCUCAAGCAACCCUACUACAGACUACCUCUUACACCCUUUCCCCUCAAGCAACCCCACUACAGAUGACUGACCCCCCCCCCCUUCCCCUGAAACAACCCUACUACAGACGACCUCUGUUGUAAAACAAGGGAGAGUAAUGACCGUGUACCAUGCUUCUCCGUUCAUACUCUCCUAAAUGGUACAGGUGAUGGGGUAUAUUUGGUCAAAUGUAGAUUGAGGCCUUGUUUUUCAAUAAUUCUUGUUUUAAUUACAAGUGAUAUUCAAAACAUAUUUUAAAGUAACAUUUAUUUCAUUUGAUUCCUUUUUAAAAGUAUAUCAUGGGCAUAUCAAUCUUACCUGGAUCUGUAUAAAUUGUUUAUACUGUGUCUGUUAGUUCAGUAAAGAUGUAAAAGUUUGUCACAGCAAGGACUCUAUUGGAACUGGUUGGAAGUUGUCUUACACUUCUUCCCAAAAUUGUGACUGCAAUAUUCCAGGUUUAGCUAGACAUUAACUUGGUAUUACACACAAAGUUAUGACUUAUAGUUUGAUAAAUUAGGUUUUAAAGAGACCUUACAUUUAAUUAAACCCACAUCUUGGAUGGCUGACUCGCUCUAGGUCCUAUUUUUCUAGGUAUCCAGAAGAUGAGGUAAACUGUUUAUUGUGUUUUACGUUCUGUCAACUAGUUUCAAUACUGCAUUUGUUUUAACUAAAUACUAGCGCUACCGUAAAUAAACUUGUGUAGAGAAUUGUGCUUACGCAAGCUGUCAAUGUUUCUGCGGAAACUAUUUAUUUGCAGUACAAAAGUGAACCGUACAACUCAAGGUCACAAACUCUGCAAAGAGAAGUCCAUUACUGGCCCAUAUGAUGCCUUGUGUGAUUUCUCAUCACAAGUAACAACUUGGCUGACAAGUGGCCCUUCUACCACAAUCAGGAAAGCUCAUUAAAAAGAUCUCACAACCAUAAACUCUGAAACAUGGUAAUGCGUGUUCACUCAAAGGCAAACAUCAGGAAACCUCAGGUGUUAUAACAAAACAAUGAGACCCAUCAAAAUGUAUUACUUAAAUGGAAUGUUGUGAGUCUUAGCCUGUUCUCACUGAGGCCUUCAUUUUAUAUGCAUCAGGGUCUACUGCAAUUUUUUUUUUUUUUUUUUUUUAAACAGGAUGACCACAGAAUGUCUUGUCAAACAUUUUCAAAUCUGACAGUUUGAAUGUUUUUACUAGCUUUUGAUCCAACUAGCUAGCUUGUCCUUUAGUAGUAACCUCAAUAGUACUCCAAGUAACCUACCUCACCAGUCAUGCCAUCUCUAGAGAUGUUUAAUACUGGAUACUUUCAGAGGACAUUGAACUGGUAUGAAUACAACAGACACUCUGCUAUCUUUUUUUUAAUUACUUUUUUUACACAUUUUGUACAGUUGGCUUGUAUGAUGUGGAUUUUCUUUUGGUAUGUCCAGUUGUGCAUGUGUAAGAUGAGCAUCAACUGCCCUCUACACAACUUCUGUCAGUAAUAGCGGCUAAAUGUCAAGUGGAUGACUGCAUUCAGACUCUGUACUUGACAACAGCAACUUGUUUCUUACGAAGUUUGUUUGUACUCUGAUUCAAUGUCUAAGUAUUUAACUUGUAUUUAUUUUGACUACUUUUCUUAAGGAAUGCCUUACCUUUGUUAUUUGUGGUGUAGGGUUAGGCCUUGAUACAAGCAAACUACCAUUUUAUACUUUUCAUUUUAGUUAUUUUGAACAUUAAACAUUUCAGAUCAUUUGCAGUUUUAAAAUCUAUGACAAUGCAUUGUAAUCAUUUUUAUAAGCAUAUUGUUGAAUAAAACUAACAAAUUCUA